UUCAGUUGCAUAUUGCACAUAGUUUGGUGAAGCUCACUAUUAGGAGCUAGCAUAUAUAGCUGUUAGGAUCAAUCAUGGGAGAGUCUUCUUCUUCUGCUUCAUACAUUCAUAUGGUGCAGCACCUGAUUGAGAAGUGUUUGAUCUUUCACAUGACAAAGGAAGAAUGCGUGGAAGCUCUCUCCAAGCAUGCAAAUAUUAAACCUGUCAUAACAUCCACUGUGUGGAAUGAGCUAGAGAAAGAAAACAAGGAAUUUUUUGAGGCGUAUGCCAAAGCUAAGAGUAAAGACGAGCGAAUGUCGGAAGAAGAGACAAGCCAAAUGAUACAGAAGAUGAUCUCAAAUUCCUCCAAAGGUGCAAGCAACGACUAA